AUGUCACCGAUAUAUUACGCCUCCGACUGGGACAGCUCUGUCAUAGUUAAUAAUUGCCAGGCGCGAAAGUGGGUUGAAGUGGAUUCAGAUGACCACUGGAAUAUAUUCUGGGCUUCCGUCACCAGCGCAAGGGCAAUUUUUAAUUCUGAAAGCGGAGUACGUCUACUCGAUGACCAGGUGAGAUUAAUGUCAUCCACUUACUUUCAGAUUAUAAACCACUUUCCGAAUCAGUUUGAACUGACACGCAAAGACCUGAUGGUGAAAAAUAUAAAACGUUACCGUCGCGUUUUGGAAAAGGAGUCCAAUAUCUUGGCAGCAAAAGAUGACCAGGGACGGUACUUGUACUUAGAUUUUAUUCCUACAACGUAUAUGCUGCCACAAGAUUAUACGAUUUUUGCAGAAGAAUAUAAAAAGAAUCCUCGGUUAACAUGGAUCCUAAAGCCAAGCAGCAAAGCCCGUGGAGAGGGAAUUCUUUUAGUGAAUCGUCUGUCGCAAGUUAAAAAAUGGGCGAAGGAAACCCAUUCGGUUUAUUCCAGAGAUACCUGCCACCUUCCACAAGUUCCUCGCGAAACUUAUGUAAUCUCGCGCUACAUUGACAAUCCUCUUCUGAUCGGCGGUAAAAAGUUUGAUCUACGUAUGUAUGUCCUAGUGACAUCUUACAGGCCUCUAAAGUGCUAUGUUUAUAAGCAAGGCUUUUGUAGGUUCUGUACAGUAAGAUAUGACAAAAAGGAAGCUGGCCUAGGCAAUGUGUUUAUCCAUUUAACUAAUGUUUCUGUGCAGAAACAUGCCACUGAAUACAAUUCAAAUCACGGCGAGAAAUGGAGCAUUGGCAACCUUCGACAAUGGUUGGAAGGAACAAGGGGUAAAAACGUUGCAACGAAAUUAUUUAACGAAAUCUACUGGUUGAUUUAUCACUCGUUAAGAUCAGUUGCCAAGGUCAUCAACAACGACAGGCACUGCUUCGAAUGCUACGGAUACGAUAUUAUUAUAGACGAUAAACUGAAACCUUGGCUAAUAGAAGUUAACGCAUCGCCCUCGCUUACUUCGACUACGGCGAGUGAUCGAAUUAUGAAAUACAAAUUGAUAAACGACGUUUUAAACAUUGUAUUACCGGCAGGAGUGAUACCAGACGUAAGAAACUGUAGACCCAUCGAUGAAAACCAAUUGGGAGAAUUCGAAGUUCUCUACGAUGAGGAAAAGGCAGCCGAAGAUAUGGGUGGUGAAGGUCGGAUGAAUCAUCCUCUGUCAGUUAAACUGCAUACAUCCGUCCCGCAAGUAGUCAAAAAUAAACGUGUGUGA